UUACUCUGGGGCGAAACCAGCCCCUGAAGAGAGAGAAACCCAAAUGGAAGAGCGACUACCCAAUGACCGAUGGGCAGCUGUGCAGCAAGCGUGAUGAAUUCUGGGAUACAGCACCGGCUUUUGAAGGCCGCAAGGAAAUUUGGGAUGCACUUAAGGCGGCUGCCCAGGCCUUUGAAAGCAAUGACCAUGAGCUUGCUCAAGCCAUAAUUGAUGGUGCCAGCAUAACAUUACCACAUGGUGCUCUGACUGAAUGCUACGAUGAGCUGGGGAACCGCUACCAGCUGCCUGUCUACUGCCUCUCGCCUCCUGUCAACAUGAUUGAGGAAAAGAGCGAGUUGGAGACCAUUGAGGUCCCAGAAGCUCCAGCUAGUGAAGGCCAGGAGUGUCAGUUGCGUCUACGUCUCUCCACGGGACGAGAUCUACGCCUGGCCGUCCGCACCAGCGACAAUGUCCAGCAGAUGAAGCGCCGUCUGCAGACCCAGGAGGGUGUAGUGGCCACCAGCCAGCGCUGGUUCUUCUCAGGCCGACCACUCACUGACAAGAUGAAGUUGGAAGAACUGAAGAUCUCCAGAGACUAUGUCAUCCAGGUGAUCGUCAGCCAGCCUCCCACAACCCCACCACUGCCGCAGAACCCCACUCCUGUGGAAAACUAAUGACUCGUUGGGGAUAUUAACCACCACACCAAGUGUGUAUGUGAGAGGAUAUCAAUGUGCAUGGGCCACGAUAUUUUUCAGAAGAUUUCUCUAUUUUUGGAUUGGCCACUUGAGUCUAGAGUGAACCUCUAGAGGCUUUUCCCUUCAAACACUCACUGCCUUUGACUUAUAGCUUUUCUAAGGGAGUUGAGACUCAGAUUUUCUGUUUAAAAGCCUCAGGUCUAGAAAACCGGAGUCCUGAAUUGAUCAAGAGAGGUCCAAAAAGUAUGGUUUUGGCAAAGGAAACUUAAUAAUGCUUUGCUAUUUUUAAGAUUAUGUAGUUAUAAGCUUAAUAUUCUUUUCUCCAUUUUUCUUGUGAUGAGAUCAUAUGUCUGCAAGGCAGACCGGAAGUGUGGACCUACCUGUGUCUGUUAGAACUUGAAUUAUAAAACAGAGACAAUUGGGGCCAAAAGGACAUUUUAAACUGCUUUUGGCUUUCAGGUACAGGAGAAUCACUUGUUGGACUGUUUUCUUAUUUUUUGUUUUUAUUAGAAACUC